AGGGGAUGUCGGUCAGUGAGCGAGCGGCUGAGGAGAGGAGCGGCGGCGGCUGCGGCGGCGGCGCCAUGGUAGCUCAACAGAAGAACCUUGAAGGCUACGUGGGAUUUGCGAAUCUCCCAAAUCAAGUGUACAGAAAAUCUGUGAAGAGAGGGUUUGAAUUCACGCUUAUGGUAGUAGGAGAAUCUGGAUUGGGGAAGUCAACGUUAAUCAACUCAUUAUUCCUAACAGACUUGUAUUCUUCAGAGUACCCUGGUCCCUCACAUAGAAUUAAAAAGACCGUACAGGUGGAACAAGCCAAAGUCUUAAUCAAAGAAGGUGGUGUCCAGUUACUGCUCACAAUAGUGGAUACUCCCGGAUUUGGUGAUGCAGUGGACAACAGUAAUUGUUGGCAGCCUGUGAUUGACUACAUUGACAGUAAAUUUGAGGAUUAUCUGAACGCAGAAUCUCGGGUGAACAGACGGCAGAUGCCAGACAACAGGGUGCAGUGUUGCUUGUACUUCAUUGCCCCUUCGGGACAUGGCCUGAAGCCACUGGACAUCGAGUUUAUGAAGCGCUUGCAUGACAAGGUGAACGUCAUCCCCCUCAUCGCCAAAGCGGAUACGCUGACCCCUGAGGAAUGCCAGCAGUUCAAGAAGCAGAUAAUGAAAGAAAUUCAGGAGCAUAAAAUUAAAAUAUAUGAAUUUCCAGAAACAGAUGAUGAAGAAGAAAAUAAGCUUGUUAAAAAGAUAAAGGACCGUUUACCGCUUGCUGUGGUUGGUAGCAAUACUAUCAUUGAAGUUAAUGGCAAAAGGGUCCGAGGAAGGCAGUAUCCUUGGGGUGUUGCAGAAGUUGAAAAUGGUGACCAUUGUGAUUUCACAAUUCUAAGAAACAUGUUGAUAAGAACCCACAUGCAGGACCUGAAGGAUGUCACCAACAACGUGCACUACGAGAACUACCGGAGCCGCAAGCUCGCGGCCGUGACGUACAACGGUGUGGACAACAACAAGAACAAGGGACAGCUGACCAAGAGCCCCCUGGCCCAGAUGGAGGAAGAAAGAAGGGAGCAUGUAGCCAAGAUGAAGAAGAUGGAGAUGGAGAUGGAGCAGGUGUUUGAGAUGAAGGUCAAAGAGAAGGUGCAGAAGCUGAAGGACUCGGAGGCCGAGCUCCAGCGGCGUCAUGAGCAAAUGAAAAAGAACCUCGAGGCUCAGCACAAGGAAUUAGAGGAAAAACGGCGUCAGUUUGAGGACGACAAAGCCAACUGGGAAGCCCAGCAGCGUAUUUUGGAACAGCAGAACUCUUCCAGAACUUUGGAAAAGAACAAGAAGAAAGGAAAGAUCUUUUAAAGCCAUUAGUGACCACCAGUUCUGUAUUAGUUGCCAAUAUGCCAGCCUGGACGUCAGUGUUUGUUGGAUCCGUUUGACCAAUUUUGCACCAUUUGUAUCCAUAAUGAUGGAUUUAACAGCAUGACAAAGUUUUUUUUUUUUUUGGUUUUUUUUUUUUUUCCCCGGUUGAUGGAGAUUAAGAUGCCUUGAAUUGCAUAGCGGUGUCAUGUACUUAGAAGGAAACAUCUCUAAGUACCUUCCAAUUUUUCUUUUUUUAAACAGAUGUCUUCACUUUAGUGCAAGAGAACAUUUUACUGUUGUACAAUCAUGUUCUGGUGGUUCAAUUGUUUACAGGAUAUUCCAAAAUAAAAGGACUCUGGAAGGUUUGCGUGGAGGAGAAAUCGCCAUACUCUGAUACAAACUAUGUUUCUCUCUCUCUCCCUCUCUCUCCUCUUUCUCUCUUUCUCUCUCUCUGUCUCUCUCUCUUUCCUUCACUCUCUCUCUUAGAAUUCUCCGCAGAUGAGAACGUGACCUAGUCUAACACAGCUGACCCUCUUUUUUGACACUUCCAUUGUUUAAAAGUACACAUGGAAAAAAAAAACCCUAUAAGCUUCCAGUGCACCUAAAGCUUUUUAUAACAGCCCUUCCUUGUUUUGGAUUCUUUAAAUAUAUGCUCUUCUCAAUUUAGUGACUUCUUUAGCCAGAAGACUCUCAUUACUGCUUCAUUUUUGUAAUAACAUUUAAAUUUAGAUAUUUUCCGUAUAUUGGCCCUGCUAAAAUAGAAUAUAGCGUCUUUCAUAUGGUAGGAACCAGUGAGUCAAACUUUCCUUUAACUCCGUUUUUACACUUUAUGGUAAGUAGCAGGAAAAAGGCAUUCAUAGGUCAUUUCUAGACAAAAACAUGGAGUUAACGACCAACUUGUUUCUACCUGUGUGCAGUCUCUUCCUUAUUUUACUAGAAAUGGGAAUCAUGGCCUCUUGAAGAGAAAAAAGUCACCGUUCUGCAUUUAGCUGUAUUCAUAUAUUGCAUUUCUGUAUUUUUUGUUUGUAUUGUAAAAAGUCACAUAAUAAACAAUAUUGUGAUGUAA